CCCGCGCGCUCCCGGCGGCGCCGGGCUCUGCGGCGGGGCAUGCGGAGGAGGCUGCGGGCGGCCAUGGGGGGCGGCCACUCCCAGCGGGCGCCCGUCUUCGACGAGAACGAGGACGUUAACUUUGACCACUUUCAAAUAUUGCGGGCUAUUGGGAAAGGGAGUUUUGGAAAGGUGUGCAUUGUGCAGAAGAGAGACACCAAGAAAAUGUAUGCCAUGAAAUAUAUGAAUAAACAAAAGUGCAUUGAGAGAGAUGAAGUUCGAAAUGUUUUUCGGGAGUUACAGAUAAUGCAAGGCCUGGAACAUCCCUUCCUAGUCAACUUAUGGUACUCCUUUCAAGAUGAAGAGGACAUGUUCAUGGUGGUAGAUCUCCUGCUGGGAGGAGACCUGCGUUACCAUCUGCAGCAGAGCGUCCACUUUAACGAAGGGACUGUUAAGCUGUACAUCUGUGAGCUGGCGCUUUCCCUGGAUUACUUGCAGAGAUACCACAUCAUUCACAGGGAUAUCAAACCUGACAACAUACUAUUGGAUGAGCAUGGACAUGUUCAUAUCACAGACUUCAACAUAGCGACCAUAGUGAAAGGCUCGGAAAAAGCUUCCUCCAUGGCUGGCACAAAACCCUACAUGGCUCCUGAAGUGUUCCAGGCGUUUAUGGAUGGUGGCCCAGGAUACUCGUACCCCGUAGACUGGUGGUCGCUAGGAAUUACAGCAUAUGAGUUACUGAGGGGCUGGCGGCCCUAUGAAAUUCACUCGGCCACCCCCAUUGAUGAGAUACUCAACAUGUUCAAGAUUGAAAGAGUUCACUACUCAUCCACGUGGUGCAAGGGCAUGAUAGCAUUACUGAAAAAGCUCCUCACUAAGGACCCGGAGUGCCGCCUUUCCAGCCUUGCAGACAUUCAGAACUCUCCAUACCUAGCUGAUGUCAACUGGGAUGCUGUUCUAGAGAAAUCAGUGACGCCCGGCUUUGUUCCUAAUAAAGGAAGACUGAACUGUGAUCCAACAUUUGAACUAGAAGAAAUGAUUUUAGAGUCCAAACCUCUCCAUAAAAAGAAAAAGCGACUUGCCAAAAACAAAUCGAAAGAUGCAGCUAAAGAAGGCUGCCCACUGAACGUACACCUGCAGCAGUGCCUGGAAACUGUUAGGAAAGAAUUCAUCAUAUUCAACAGAGAGAAAUUAAGAAGACAACAGGAUCAAAGUGGGCAGAGUUCUAGUAUGGACAGUAGAGCAUCCCUUCAGAGCCAUGGAAAACUUCAAGAUGGACGUAACAACAAUUUGUUAGGACAUGGAUGCACAAGAGGCUGCAGCAGCUAGUGAGACACGGCUCCAUGGCACGUGCUCACCCGGGAGGCUGAGGAAAGCAUCUCUCCACACAUGCCUUGGUCUUCAUCCCCUGGAGCCCCAGGAAGCCUAACUCCUUCAAAAAGCGGGAUCUCUAGCCUCCUGCAAACCCGCAGAUCACACUAGUUGAGCAUUUCCAGUAUGAGCCUGCUCUUCCUUUGGCUUUGUCACUGGAAACGUGACCUUCAGCACCUAAGUACAAUUUUAUAUGCAAGUUUGACUUUCCUCUUCAAAAAUCCUGGAACAAAACUUGAAACAAUUCAUUAGGCAGCCUCUCAAGAUCGCCAAGAUUCUGGCUACUUGCAAGAGACAAAGUUAUAUGUUUUUUGUUUGUUUGUUUUUCUGAAGGCUUUACGUUAUCCUCUCUGUGUCUGUUAUUAAAAAUGGUCCAAUUUGGAAUUUUUGUGAAACUGCUAAACUGCAGUUUCUGAGCAUCUGUUGUUGAGUUUAUAAUGGAUGUAUAUGAUGUAAAUACGUGAAUGUAGUGUCAAAUAGGUCAAACACCCAUUGAGAAAUCUGCAGCGUGAAUGUAUUCACAUUGUUCAUUAUACAUGCUGCUUAAUAGUAAAAGAUGUGACUCUGGCUAAGUCAAGGUUUUGCUAAUGAUUUUAGUGGAUGCAGGAAUAUUAGUAGUGUAUUGUAACUAGGAAAAAGAAAGAUCUUUUAAUCAGUACCUAUAGGCUGACCAAGCCA